CAUCACUCUCUUCUCUCUUCUCUCGGACCUUCGAAACUUAAACCAGUACUGAAACUGAAAAUCCAAGAUUAUUGAAAAUGAGGAACUUGUUCUUUCGAUCUGCAUCUCCAUCACCUUCAAACUCUCCGUCCAGAAGCACUAUACCACCUUCCUCCCCACGCCGCAGCUUCUCCGACUCGUUGAUGGAGGAGAACAUCGAAGUCGCGCAGACUCUCAUCACGAAAUGGGACUCCUCCGACGACUCAUCUUACACCAAGCUCAUCUCUCUUUUCCGAGAUGACCGCCGCGAGGCCAAGUUGUAUCUCAAAUGCGUUAAGGACUUACAGUCGGCCAUGCAUCAUUUCGUUGAUUCUCAGGAGACCAGCGCCGAGAAGCUUAUUACUGCCCAGACUUUAAUGCAGGCGGCCAUGAAGAGACUCGAGAAGGAAUUCUACCAGAUUUUAUCGGAUAACAGAGAGAACCUGGAAGCGGAGACGGUCUCGUCUAGCCGCUCUUCUGAAUCAAGAGCCUCCACACCACGAACCUCGACUCGUUCCAGCGUUUCGGAUUUGGAAUCCGAAUCGGAGGACGAGUCGAGUAUUCUAGAAGGGGAGCAUGUUUCCCAUAUUCCUAUGGACGAUUUGAAAUCCAUCGCCGACUGCAUGAUCUCCGCUGGGUAUGGAAAAGAGUGUGUCAAGAUCUACAAAAUUAUCAGAAAAUCAAAUAUGGACGAAGCACUGUACCAUCUCGGAGUCGAGAAGAUGACCCUCUCUCAGGUCCAGAAGAUGGACUGGAAUGUUCUCGAGACGAAGAUCAAGAACUGGCUUAACGCCGUCAAAGUCGCCGUGAAAACCCUCUUCUACGGCGAGAGGCUGCUCUGCGACCACGUCUUCUCCGCCUCCGACUCCAUAAGGGAGUCUUGCUUCACCGAGAUUUCCAAAGAAGCCGCCACAACGCUUUUCAGCUUCCCGGAAUUGGUGGCGAAAUGCAAGAAAUCUCCGGAGAAAAUGUUCCGGACUCUCGAUCUGUACCAGGCCAUAUCCGAUCUAUGGCCGGAAAUCGAGUCCAUAUUCUCGUUCGAAUCAACCUCGGCCGUCCGAUCUUCGGGCGUCAACUCUCUCAUCAAGCUCGGCGAGGCCGUCCGGACGAUGCUCGAGGAUUUCGAAGCUGCCAUCCAGAAGGACCACUCCAAAACCGCCGUCCCGGCCGGUGGGGUCCACCCUCUCACGCGUUAUGUCAUGAAUUACAUCACCUUCCUAACCGACUACACAGAAAUACUCGCGGAUAUCUUCGCUGACUACCCGUUGACGCUUCAGACACCGUUGCCGGAAGCCUACUUCGGAUGCUACGACGUCGACGAGUCGCCGAUUUCAGUACGGAUCGCAUGGCUGGUUCUUGUGCUACUCUGCAAACUCGACGGCAAGGCCGAGCUCUACAAGGACGUGGCGCUUUCGUAUUUGUUCUUAGCUAAUAACUUGCAGUAUGUUGUGGCUAAGAUUCGUAACUCAACCAAUCUCAAGUACUUACUCGGAGACUAUUGGGUCAGGAAGCACGAGUCCAAGGUUAAACAAUACGCCGGAAACUACGAGCGCAUGGGAUGGAGCAAGGUUUACGCUUCAUUGCCGGAAAAUCCAACGGCUGAUAUUUCUUCCGACCAGGCAAAGAAAUACUUCAAGCAAUUCAACGCUGCGUUUGAGGAAGUGUACAAGAAGCAAUCUACAUGGGUCGUGACCGACUCGAAACUCCGGGACGAGCUGAAAGUUACGGUGGCGAAGAAGCUGGUGCCGGUUUACCGGGAGUUUUACGAGAUGCAUAGAGUCGGGUUGAGGAAGGAGUGCGGAGUGGACUCGUUGGUCAGAUAUGCCCCUGAGAAUUUGGAUAACUACUUGUCGGAUUUGUUGUAUGGGGACUCAGGUGCGGGGAGUGUUUCGUCAUCUUUCUCGACGUCGUCUUCGAGUUCGCGUGGUCGUUGUUGAGGUCACCGGCCGGCUGUUUUUGGAAUCAUGGCGUUUAGUGGAUAUUAGCAGAGUAUUAGGACAAAGAAAAAAAGUUGUAAAGAAUUAUUAUACAAUGUGCAUGGAUAGUGUCAUAGAAAUUGAAUAUUGAUUUAUGGAUUUCUUGUCUGUUUGAAAAGAAAACGGAUCGAUCGUUGGGUUUGC